AUGGCCGGCCGUUUCACCGCAGCUUCGGCUUUGGCCUGCAAAAAGCCUCUGGAUCACUGGAUCAGCGCCGAGAAAUCGCGAAACUCGGCGAUCCCAACGCGCAGGCUCGGCUUCUCGACGAUCUGGAAGGUGGCUUCCGAGCCGCAUGCCCUUGACAGCUGGCUGCAUUCGGCCAAGACUAUACACCUUGAUAGAAGGACCGGAAGGCGGGUUGCGGAUCGUUUCAGUCUUGGCCUACUGCCGCGGGAAGCAAGUCCUACAUCCGGCCGUGGCAUCACUCCCGCCCCAGCGAUUAACCUACAGCUAUUUGUUCCCUGCUGGCAUGUCCCGCCUUUCAACUCCUUCGCCAACCCCAGACAAGCUUUUGCCAAGAUUGUGGCGGAUGCCGAACCAACAGGGCAAGCACACCGAGCUUUUGUCGUGAUUUUUGUUUUGAAGAGCAGUUCGUGGUAUGGGGACAAGGCGGACUCCGUGCCCGUUCAAUAUUGCGGCUCGUUGUCUCUCCGGGGGCGAUGCUGGCUGAACCUGACUUGGGACUCUUUACCCUCAGCUUCAGUGUCGUGA